UAUUACAUCGAAUUUGGUGGUGAACGAUAUGUUGAUCUUGGUCUUGGGAGUCAUAGAGUAAAGUGCAAAGUCAACAAAACAUUCAGGUUGAUUGUUGUCGCCGAAAAGGAAACGGUGUACAGGAAAUUUCCGAUUCCUUUAAUCAACAGGUUGGAGAAACACUUUUUGAACGUUUUAUCGCUUCUCACUGAAAAACAACUUCAGCUUACAAAGCAGUUAGAGGAGUGGGUCCAAAAGUUUACAGUUACCUACGAUAUGGACCCCUUGAGAGAAAGAGCUACUACAGACUGGCAAGCAGGGGACGUGUUUAUAGGGUAUCAUGCAGACACAUGUGCCUCUAUUAUUCUUCAUGUCUGUCAGUCUCGUGAAUUCGAUGGAGAAAACCUGUCAUCUGAAGAGGAGUUGCAAGUAAUUGAUGCUGCGGAAUGUGUACUUUUGUGGACAGCAACACCAGACUCGGUUUUGCGUUUAGAAAAAACAAAACUGAAAAAUGAAGCUGAAAUUCUUCAAGAUCUUUAUUUCAAACAGCAACAUCAUGAAAGCAUAGUUGAUUUUCUGAAAUUCAAGUUGAAAACAAAUAACCAGAAAGGAUUAUGUGUGCAGGUGACAACUCAGUCCAAAUUAUUCACAUCGUCAGACAUCUCAGAUAUGUGUGAAGAACUUGAUAUGUCAACAGAACAAAUCCAACUUCUGACACUACAGUCUUUUGAAACUGAACAACAGUUUUGUAGGCAGUUGAA